GCCUUUGUGGACUUUAGCUCUCAGGCAUUGUUUACCCAUCUCGGAGCCCUCCCCUUCCCGCCCCUGCUUCUCUGCCCUGGCCCUGGAGCCCCCUUCCCUCUCCUGGGCCUCAGGAACUCCCCCUGCACCUGUGUGCCCUGCAGGAUGCCACAGCUGAGCAUGCCCUGGCUGGGCCUGGGGCCAGUGGCCACAUCCCCGUGGCUGCCGCUGCUGUUGGUCGGGGUCUCCUGGCUCCUGGCCCGCGUCUUGGCCUGGACUUAUGCCUUCUAUGACAACUGGAGCCGCCUCCGAUGUUUCCCAGAGCCUCCCAAAACAAACUGGCUCUUGGGUCACCUGAGCCUGGUCCUGAACACAGAAGAGGGUUUGAGGGAUGUGACUCAGCUGGUGGCCACCUACCCCCAGGGCUUCAAGUUCUGGCGGGGCCCCACCCUCCCCCUCGUCAACGUUUACCACCCCGACAUCAUCCGACCUGUCCUGAAUGCCUCAGCCGCCAUUGUACAGAAGGAUAGUAUCUUCUACGGCUUCAUGAAACCCUGGCUGGGAGAGGGGCUCCUGCUGAGUGCCGGUGACAAGUGGAGCCACCACCGUCGCAUGCUGACUCCCGCCUUCCAUUUCAACAUCCUGAAGCCCUAUGUGAAGAUUUUCAACGACAGCGUGAGCAUAAUGCACACCAAGUGGCAGCACCUGGCCUCGGAGGGCAGUGCCCGUCUGGACAUGUUUGAGCACAUCAGCCUGAUGACCUUGGACAGUCUGCAGAAAUGCGUCUUCAGCUUCGACAGCCAUUGUCAGGAAGCUGUUCUGGAGCAGGCCAAAGCCAAGACCAAGACUUUGGACUUCAUUGAUGUGCUCCUGCUGAGCAAGGAUGAAGAUGGAAAGCAGUUGUCAGAUGAGGAUAUAAGAGCGGAGGCUGAUACCUUCAUGUUUGCUGGCCAUGACACCACGGCCAGUGGCCUCUCCUGGGUCUUGUACAACCUUGCGAGGCACCCAGAAUACCAGGAGCGCUGCCGGCAGGAGGUGCAAGAGCUGCUGAGGGACCGCAAGCCCAAAGAGAUUGAAUGGGACGACCUGGCCCAGCUGCCCUUCCUCACCAUGUGCAUUAAGGAGAGUCUGCGCCUGCACCCUCCAGUCCCAUUGAUCCCGCGACGCUGCACCCAGGACAUUGUGCUCCCAGAUGGCCGGGCCAUCCCCAAAGGUGUGAUCUGUGUCAUCAAUAUUUUCGGGACCCAUCACAACCCAGCUGUAUGGCCGGACCCUGAGGUGUAUGACCCCUCCCGCUUUGACCCAGAAAACGUCAAGGAGAGGUCACCUCUGGCUUUUAUUUCAUUCUCCGCAGGGCCCAGGAACUGCAUCGGGCAGACGUUCGCCAUGACCGAGAUGAAGGUGGUCCUGGCGCUCACGCUGCUGCGCUUCCGCGUCCUGCCCGACGACACGGAGCCGCGCAGGAAGAUGGACGUGAUCAUGCGCGCAGAGGGCGGCCUCUGGCUGCGGGUGGAGCCGCUGGAGGCGGGCCAGCAGUGACCCCUCUGCCCCAUCCACUUACCUUUGCAGAUUCCCGGGAAUAAAACUGUGCUGUCACCUC